CCGAGCGUUUUAUUUGUGAUUUUAACACGGCGUAGCGAGGUCCACGUCGCCAGGCCGCUCCGUCAGAUACAAUUCGAAAACGACGUAAACGCCAGCGCGCGUAAUUCAAAGUUAUCAAAAUUCCAGUUGCCCGCUCUCGUUCCCGGAAAAGUGCUGAGUGCGAAAAAUACCCAAUUCAAAAUUAUAAAAAUAUAUUUUAUAAAUCUGGCUUAGCACCAGAAAGUGAACCACAACAACAAACAGAUUGCAGUGCCAGUAUGUCAUCCCAGUGCUGUGAUGCCGCUUUGGGCCGCUCCUAUGCCUGCUCGUCCCGCUUUCCUUCGGGACACCUGCUGGCCGCCCUCUGAUCCGCCCGCGUCCACAUCCACGCCCAGUGACUGACUGACAGGGAUCUCCGUCCUGAUAUAAGCGGGAUCCGAUCCUGAACAUACAAAACUCCAACGCGAAACAUUUUUUUAUUCGUUCAUCCAUAUCUUUUUGGAUACUAAAACGUUGUGAAACUGAGAACGGCCCAGCCGAAAAUGUGCACUGAGGUAAAUUCCGCGAUGGGUCUUCAAGCAACAGCCGCCACGAAGCGGAAGCAUGAGCUGACCUUCGAUAGCAAGGAUGCCAACACCACCUACACGGGCACCUGUGCCCCACCCCCCGUCAAGGCCAACAAGUGGGCCAUAAGCAACAACAACUACCUGGAAUCGCUCGAGGAGCAGCAGCAGCAGCAAUCGCCCGCGGAGCCAGCCGCAGCGGCCAUCGAGUCCAACAAUAACCAUAUAGUGGUGGAUGCAUCCAUGGACAUGGAUAUGGAUGCAAUGAAGCCCACGGAGACAAGUAUUAGCAAUGGUCAUGAAGUUACUACCGCCGUCGCAGCCGUCGCCGUUCUGAAGAGUCAAGCGGAGGUGCCGCUGCCACCGACUGCGAGUGCCGCCAUUCCGGAGGACAGUAUCGCCAAGCUGGAAGUGGUGACAUCCGCCGUGCCCUGUGAACCCUGGACCAGCGCUGUUGGCAGCUCCUCAACGCCCUCAGCGGUGGCUGGAGGAGCCGCUGCCUCUUCGGAGCCCGUGGAUUGCAUCUCCAAGCUGCAGGCAGUGGCCGUGCCCAGUGAUCCGUGGGGCAGUAUUGCCACGCGUUCCACGCUGGCAACGACGCUGCUUAGCGCCGAUGAGUUGGACGACGACGAUGAUGAUUUCGAGGACGAUUACGAGGAGGAGGAGAGCAUCAUACCCACCUACUGUCCCAUGCGUUACCAUCCAUUUGUGCCCCAUCCGCACCCGCACUCGCAUCCGCACCAGCUACCGCCGCACCCUCUCCAGCAGCAGCAACAGCAGGCCCAUCCUCAGCAGCUCUCCCAGCAGCAGCAGCAGCCACAGCAUCCCCAGCAACAGCAGCAGAGGAGCUAUGCCCCGGGCUAUGGCAGUCGGCAGCCCAACUAUUAUUCGGAGCCCUUCCCGCAGCAGAACUGCUCGCGGACCGGAGGACCGCAGCACAUGACUCAAGCGCCGCCAACGCCGCAGCAGGCGCGUGGAUUCGCUCCUCCCCAGUGGGCAACGGCGGGUGCAGGCAGCAGUCCGGCGAAUCCCGCAGCCGGAGGUCAGCAGUUCUACGAGACGGCGAACGGAGUAGGAGGAGGCGCGUAUGCCCAACCGGCGGCGCCGCCACAACAAACGAUUCGCUGUGCAGAGAAUGGCAAGUCCUAUUUGGAUUUGGGCUGCAGCAGUGGCUCGCCCACCGCCGCCGCUGGAGGAGGAGGAGGAUCGCCCAGCAGUCCGCCACCCUCCUCGGCGCCCGUUCCUGUUCCUUUUGCCGGCCUGCCGCUCCACGGUCUGCCCCUGAAACGAUGCUGCGAUGGCCGGGCCGGCGGAUGGUGCAGUGCCAACAGGAGUUGCUACAAGGACACGCGGCUGAAGAUACGCAAUCUGUCCAUGUUCAAGCUCUCCCGCUUCCGCCAGGUCUCGGAGCAGUCGCUGUACCGCUCAGUGCUCAUCUGCAACACGCUGAAGCGGAUCGAUCGCGAGAUCGAGGCGGAGGCCAAGGAGCUGCAUCAGGCGGCGCAGCAGCAUCACCAGCAGGCGGCGGCAGCAGCAGCCGCAGCAGCAGCGGCGGCCGCCCAAGCAGCGCAAUACCAUCCAGCCUACCAGCAGCAGCAACAGCAAUCCCCGCCAGCGCCACUGCAUCCGCAUCCCCAGCAGCAACAGCAGCAGCAGCAGAUGGACUAUGCGCCAGUUUUGAACUGUGCCCGCUUGGCCAACAUGGAUCACUACCAGCAACUGAAUUUCCAGCCCCAGCAGCAGCCUCAGCAACAACAGCAGCAACAUGGUUACCAUGAGCGCCUGGAGAGCCAGCCCGCCUACAGAGGAGUGGCAGCGGGAGCCAGUGGCUUUGCCACGCAGCCCAGCAACUGUGAUACAUCCCCCAGUGGCGGCAACAACAGCAAUGCAGCCUCGCCAGCAACAGCGGCCAGCAGUAAUCUGCAUCCCUAUGACCACUAUCCCUUCCGGGAGUCGCAGUCUGGUCGAGCCACGCCCUUUCCCGCCUGCCCCACAGCCACAGCAGCAGCAGCAGCAGCAGCGGCAGCAGCUUCGGCUGCAGCGGCCCCAGGAUCAGCUGCACCGGGAUCAUCCAGUGGUGCCUCCGCCGUCCUGAGCAACUGCAUCACCAGCAACAGCAGCAAUGGCAGCAGUUCUAGUUCCCCCGCCAUCAGCAAUAGCGGCAGCAGCAGCAACACCAGUUCCUCGAGCACAGGCAGCAGCAGUGGCAGCAUCGCCUCCAGCGGCUGUGGGAGCAAUCCUCCAGUUGCCUCGGUCGUCAGCAGCAGCAAUAACUGCGACACCAGCGACUCUGGCUAUGCGGACGACGAUUCCACUCGCUCGAUCAACUGGAGCUCGGUGCUCAGCCUGAGCUCACAAUCGGCGCUGGAUCCGCUGAACAACAACGAUCUGUUCAGCAUACUCCCGGCGGCGGCUACACCCACAGCCGUGCCGGUUUCAGUGCCAGCCAGCAGCUCCAGCUCCUCCUCGUCCUCGACACUGGCGUUCAGUGGCAGUUUCACCACGGUUCAGGCAAACAGUGGGAACAGCAGCAGUAGCAGCAGCAGCAGCAGUGGGAGCUCGAGCUCCACUACGGCCACCUUCACGACUCUGUCCACCAUCUCCUCGGCGACGCAUUCGCUGACCUCGUCCUACGUGAGCAGCAUCAGUUCGAAUGUGUCGGCGGGCGCCAAUACCUGGGAGUAUGGAUUCCUGGACAUGGAGUUUGGACUGGGAUCCGAGUUCACGGAACUGGUGCCCAGCUGCAAGCUCAGCUCCGAGGAUCUGUUCAAGAGCGGACUCGGCGGCCAGGUGGUGGCCGCCUCUCGCCUCCACGACAACGAGCUGGAGCAGCCUGCCCACAUCAUGGUCGGCAGUUAGUAUCAGUUGUAGACAACAACGAGGACGAGGAAGGCAGGCUCCCCGGCGGAUAGCGGCGGCGUGCUGGUCGCGUCGCCAGCUGGCGCCCACUAGCAAUUCCAAGCAGUAUUGAAAGGAAAAGGGAGGAGAGUGCCUGGAGAGAGGGGAUUCUCGAUCGUAAUUGCUAAUUAUGCUCAGGUUGUGAACGUGCAUGUAACCCUUAUCCUUGGUCCUACGGCAUCCCCUUCUCCACAGCUCCGCUCCUCCGCAAAAGCAAUCCGAUGGCACUCAAAUUUAUUGCAAUUUAUUAAAAAGAAACUUUGUAACUAAGUGAGAAACAGAAAACGACAAAGAACAAAAAAUUAUAAAAUAAAAAAAGAAAAAACACAAUGAUUAUGACAAAUGAGCAAGCAAAAACUAUUAGCAAAUUUUUGAUAAGUGUAAAUAUUGUUAGCUAAGUAAGUUUAAAGGCAGAGCAGCGAACUCCUAGGCUUAAGUGAGCUCGAUGAAACGGAAAAAAUCUAUAUAUUAGCGUAACUUUAGCUUUGUUAGUUGCAAUUGUUGCAGUUUUUCGAUUCCACAACACCAAUACACCAACAACAACAACAACUACAAUGUCAAGACGAACAACAAACAGCUGUUUGGCGAGUUUUUCAACAACAAGAACAACCAGAUCAAUUAACAAAAUUAUGUUUUUGGCCACAAAGGAUUAUGAAGAAGCCGAUGAAAAAUCGAAAAACGUUUACUAUAUAUUACUAGCCAUAAGUAUUAUUAUUUAUAUACAAGAACCGCAAGAAAACAACAAACAAACAACAAAAGAACAACUUAAAACAAAGUUUUAUAAAAGAAAAAACAAAGCAAAAAGAA